AGUCAAAUAGAUGAAGUGUCCCCAACAGACUUGGAAUCAACCAGACCAAGUGGAUCCAUCCACUUAUGUUUUCCUGAAACAAAAUCAUAUUUUGGUUUUGUUAUCUCAGGCUCAGCUUCUUGUGGUUGUGUUGUAGCGUCUGCGUUAAGAUGUGAAACAAAAUCUUACAUUUUUACAAAACCACUCAACCCUUUUCUCUUUUCCAACUUAAACCAUAUCCCAAUUUCUCAUUUACCACAACGAUUCGUUUUCAAGAUAAGUUUUUCUUUGCAAAAUAUUUCCUUUUCUUCAACUUGUUACCUUAAUUUUUUGAUAUUUGGUUUCUCUCUGAAUUUGGAUUUUUUUUUUUUAAGAGUUAAAAUUUGUUACUUUUCUUGUAUUUGUAAUUUCCCCAUUUGAGCUCAGAGGAGAAACCAAAGUUGUUUUCUGGGGAUUUAUGUCUGUUUUGCAUCUGGGAUUUGUAGUUUGAAAGCUUUACAUUUGUGUGCUUUUGUUGGUUCUGAUUUCUUAUCUAUAUUGUUGGAUUGGGAUAUAUACAUGUAUGAGAGUAAACAUUGAGGCAAAACUACUGCUUUAAAGUAGUAUUUGUGUUAUUUUUCAACUUUGUGGAGGUUUAUUAAACAUAUAUUGUUGGGGUGGUGGUAUUGUUUAGCUUGUAGGAGACCCUUGAAUUCAAUUUGCCAAUGGUCUUUAGUUUUUGUGGUGUUUAUAUAAAAAUCCAUAGUGAGUGUUGAGGCUUGAGUAGGUAGACUUUUGAUUUUUUUUUUUUUUCCAAUUUUUUGUUCCUUGGAUUGUUAGAUUUACAAUGGAGAAGCAAAAUGGAAAGAAGAAGAAACGGACAGGGGGGCUAUCAGGUGAUGGUAAUGCAAAGCUAAGUAGAAGUCCUAAAGCUUAUGAUAAGGACAUGGAAGUUUUCAUUUCCAUUUCUCAAGAAUUGAAGGACGAAGGUAACAAACUGUUUCAAAAGAGGGACCAUGAAGGAGCUAUGCUGAAAUAUGAUAAAGCCCUCAAAUUACUGCCAAGGAAUCACUCAGAUGUAUCCUACCUUCGGAGUAACAUGGCAGCAUGUUAUAUGCAGAUGGGUCUGAGUGAGUAUCCAAAGGCGAUUGAUGAAUGCAAUUUGGCUCUAGAAGUCACUCCCAGGUAUAGUAAAGCGCUUCUAAAAAGGGCUAGGUGUUACGAGGCUUUGAAUAGAUUGGACUUGGCCUUCAGAGAUGUUACUACAGUUUUGAAUUUAGAGAAGAAUAAUGCUAUGGCAAUAGAGGUAGCAGAAAGGGUGAAGCAAGAGCUUGAGAGUAGGGGAUUAAGGGUGAAUGAUACUGUAAUAGAAUUACCUCCAGAUUAUGUUGAACCUCCUCUUGUUUCUCUUGCACCAAAAUUGGUGAAAGAGAAGACAAGGAAGAAGAAGAGCAAAAAACUUAGGCAGAAGGCUGAGGACAAAAUUGGUGAUAAGAAGGUUGAUGAAAAGGUCGAGGAUAAGAAGAUUGAUGAAAAUAUUGUGGAUAAAAAGGCUGAGGAUAAGGUGGUUGUGGAAGAGAAAAUUAGUAGUACAAACGAGAAAGAACCGAAGAACACUGUAAAGUUGGUGUAUGGGGAGGAUAUAAGAUUGGCUCAGUUGCCGCAUAAUUGCAGUCUCAUGCAACUUAGAGAGGUUAUAAGCAAUCGAUUCCCAAGCUCCAAAGCUGUUCUUAUUAAGUACAGGGAUGGAGAAGGUGAUUUAAUCACAAUUACAACUGAUGAAGAACUAAGAUGGGCUGAAGCAUCAGCAGAAUUGCAGGGUUCUGCCAGGCUCUAUAUAGUAGAUGUUAAUCCUGGACAGGAUCCACUCUAUGAGAGAUUGGAGGAUAGGAACGCCGGAAUAGGCAUGGCGGCAGAAAAGGAGUCAUUUUGUAUAGAUAACUGGAUAAUUGAGUUUGUUCAGCUUUUCAAGAACCAUGUUGGUUUAGAUUCUGAUACAUACUUGAACCUUUAUGAACUUGGCAUGAAGUUAUCCUCUGAGGCUAUGGAGGAUACUGUUACAAGUGAAGAAGCCCAAGGCCUAUUCAGCUGCGCAGCAGAUAAAUUCCAAGAGAUGGCAUCAUUAGCACUGUUCAACUGGGGAAAUGUUCACAUGUCCCAGGCAAGGAAGAGGUUUAACCUCAGCAAAGAUGGUUCAAAAGAAUCUGUACUUGAACAGAUAAAAACCGCAUAUGAUUUGGCAGGACAAGAAUAUACCAAAGCAGGAAAGAGAUAUGAUGAAGCAUUAAGAAUCAAACCAGACUUCUAUGAAGGUCUUUUAGCACUAGGUCAGCAACAAUUUGAGCAGGCAAAACUUUCUUGGUAUUAUGCGAUGAGUAGCAAUGUUGAUUUAGAUACAUGGCCUUCUACGGAGGUUCUACAGCUUUAUAAUAGUGCUGAGGAGAAUAUGGAUAAGGGCAUGCAGAUGUGGGAAGAACUAGAAAGACAACGCUUGAGUGAACUUUCGAAACGAAAGGAAGUUGAUAAUCUGUUGCUGAAAGCUGGGCUGGAUGGUUUAUUUAAAGAUAUAUCAGCAGACGAAGCUGAAGAUCAGGCUUCAAGGAUAAGGUCCCAGAUAAACCUCUUAUGGGGUACUAUACUCUAUGAGCGAUCCAUUAUGGAAUACAAACUUGGGCUCCCAACCUGGCAUGAGUGUUUGGAAGUCGCAGCUGAGAAGUUUGAGCUUGCUGGAGCAUCUAUGACAGAUGUAGCUGUUAUGUUAAAGAACCAUUGUUCUAAUGAUCAUGCUGUGAAAGGUCUAGAUUUUAAAAUUGAUGAGAUAGUACAGGCAUGGAAUGAGAUGUAUGAAGCUAAAAAGUGGCAGAGUAAGGUUCAAUCAUUCCGGCUUGAACCGUUACUGAGACUGCGAGUUUCAAAACUUUAUCAUGUUUUAGAGCAUGCAUGAACCUCUUUUUUUCAAGCAGAUCUUGAAGAGAAAGGGAAGAGGAAAAUGUUGAAAAGACUUGCUUAUGCUCUGUUCACUGGAAUAUCAUGUAUUGUGUUUUAAGGUUUUCUUGGUACUUCAGGUUCAGGCUUUCAGCAGCAAUGUACUUCUAGAUACAAAAAAAAAGGCAGACAAUUUUAGUUCUGGAUUGUAUUCUGUAGUUUCUCCGAAAGACAAAAGGUUAGGAGACAAGAUGAAGUAGCAGGAAUUUCCCUUUUUUGUUAAUUUCUGCCUCCAGAGUCAUAUUUCAGUCUUACAGUUAGAAGAUUUUAUGUAUUUCUAAUUCAUUUUUUGAGAUUACAACAAUGUAUUGUCUAUUGGGGAUUUGAAUCAUUUUAAGUUGAACGACGUUGUGGCACACCAACAGUCAUUUGGUUGAAGCGCAACAUUUUGGAGAUAGCAGGAGCUGUCGUGGUUUUGAAGGCAGAAAGACAGAAAGCUAUUCGAAAUUUUAUUAGAAUAAAAUAAUUAUAUCCAUCUGACAUGGACAAGUUAGUAGAAAUCUAUAUUUUGUUGUUUAAAGAGAAACUUUUGGAGAGAAUGGAAAAAUUGUGACAGUUUUUGGUA